ACUCAACAAACAACAAAUAAGAAACAGCAUAAAAUAACUGAGAAAAUUAUGAAAAAAUAUGCCUAGGUGCUCUGCCCGCUGGAUUCUUCUUCAAAUUCCCGCAUCCUCCAUUUGAAAUCCAAAUCCAAUUUCUCAUCUCAUCUUCUUCUUCUUUGUCGUGGAGUUUGAAUCAGUUGGGAAAUGUCGAUAAGGAGUUUAAUCCAGGACAUCAAGUUCUCGCGGUCGCAGCGGGUGGUGGUUUCGGCGGCGAGGCCGGCCGGCGAGGCGGUGGGGGAGCCGUUGAAUCAGAUGUGCUGGGCGCAGAUGCCUCAGGAGUUGCUCAGAGAGGUGCUAGUGAGAAUCGAGGCCUCCGAGGCCGCUUGGCCGCCGCGGAAGAGCGUGGUCGCCUGCGCCGGUGUCUGCCGGAGUUGGAGGCACCUUACCAAGGAGAUCGUCAAGGCGCCGGAGUUCUCUGGGAAGCUGACCUUCCCCAUCUCCGUCAAGCAGCCUGGUCCGAGGGAUGACCUUGUCCGGUGCUUUAUCAAACGGAACCGUUCCACCCAAACAUAUUAUCUUUUUCUUGGUUUGACCCAUGCUCUAACUGAUGAAGGAAAGUUCUUACUUGCUGCAAGAAAGUUUAAACGCCCCACCUGCACUGAUUAUGUCGUCUCACUACAUGCUGAUGAUAUGUCCAAGGGGAGCAGCAACUAUAUCGGGAAACUGAGGUGUGCUGAAAGAUCAAACUUUUUGGGAACAAAGUUCACAAUAUUUGAUGGGCAGCCAAGUCAUUCGGGAGACAAGAUUGCAAAAAGCCGCUCCACUAGGCUUGUCAAUUUGAAACAAGUUUUCCCUAGGGUCCCUGCUGGCAACUAUCCAGUGGCUCAAAUCCAGUAUGAACUAAAUAUGAUGGGCUCCAGGGGUCCAAGGAGAAUGCAGUGUACCAUGGAUUCGAUUCCAUCCUCUUCAGUUGAACCUGGAGGAGUGGCCCCCACACAGGCAGAGUUUUCACAUAAUAAUGCAGAAUUAUUUCCAUCCCUCCCAUUUUUCCGAUCGAAAUCAAACCGCGUUGAGAGUUUUCUGUCAGGGCCUUUGGCCAGACAGAAAUAUGGGGUGCUGGUGUUAAGAAACAAGUCUCCUCGGUGGCAUGAACAACUCCAGUGUUGGUGUUUGAACUUUCAUGGACGAGUAACAGUUGCUUCAGUGAAAAACUUUCAGUUGGUGGCUUCUCCCGAAAAUGGACCCACAGGACCAGAACACGAGAAGAUCAUCCUCCAAUUUGGGAAAGUGGGCAAGGAUUUAUUUACCAUGGAUUACCGGUAUCCAAUAUCAGCAUUCCAGGCAUUUUCAAUCUGCCUCAGUAGCUUUGACACCAAGAUUGCUUGUGAAUAAAGUCCAGGAGCAGCUAUAGUGGGUUGAUUCAAUGAGGCUGUUCGCUGAAGGUGAUUGACUGAUCGUAGUGCUGGGAUUGGCAGGCAUACAGCAUGCUCAGACGCUCCAGCCCUUCCUGGAUCAUGAUUUUGCCAAAUCCUGGAGGAGUUCUGGAAUUUAAAGAUGGAGAGCUUUGGUUCUUGGUCAUCCACCAUGUGCUGUAAAUUUUACUUCUUAAAUGUACAUAGUAGCCUAUGUUUACAAACCCUGUUUUCCUGAAAUUUGACCACAUUUGAUUUUAUACGUAUAUUUUGUUUCGUCAGUA